AUGGAUGCUACUCUUAUCAAGAAACGGAGUCAAGGAGCUCAAUCUUACCACUUCAAUCUAUGUUAUGAACUUCCUUCGUAUGUGUUUCUUUGUCUAGAAUUGAAAAAGUUGAAACUGAAAAACUGUUUCUUUAAACCACCACUUAAUUUUGAAGGAUUUCUAAAUCUUAAAGAUCUUUUUCUCCGACGUAAUGACUUUGGGGCUAACUUGUGUGGAGCUAAGAUCAACCUACCACAACAUAAGCAGUUGUCCCUUCAUAAGUGCACAAACGUUUACAAUUUCAAUAUUAAGCUUACAAAACUGCAAAAUUUGACUGUCAUUGCUUGUCCUGAUGCCAUGUUGACCACAAUGUUAAGAGAGCCUCGAGUGGAUGUGGGACCUGCUUCAAAUUAUUUGGAAUCCCCAAACUUGGACUGUACAUUGGAUCGAUUGCAAACUGUUGAGAUAAGAUAUUUAGAAGGAUCAAAACCAGAACUGCUUUUUAUAAAGCUUCUUCUUGCUCAUUCCCCUUCUCUUCAGAAGUUUAACCUUAGACCAAGUGAAGCUUCUGAUGUUCAAAAAAGACUUGACAUUGCAGUGGAUAUUAUGCAGUUUCCUCAACCCUCAACAAAAGCAAAAAUGUUCUACUUGAAUCCCAAUCUGCAACAUGCUGAUUUCAGCAUUGCAAAUGGCAAUGGCCUUUGUUGUUUGCACGUCUACCUUGCAUAUAGAAAUAAAAGGACUGUUGUCAGUUGUGGUGAGGAAGAUAAUCUCAGUAACUUGCCAGAACACUUGAUAGACUCAAUCAUAGAGAGGCUCCCGAUUGAAGAUGUUGUAAGGACAAGCAUUAUAUCAAAAAAAUGGAGGUACAGAUGGACCACAAUGAGGGUGCUGGUUUUUGAUAAAAAUUUCUCUAAUAAAUUUGCAAGCAAUGGAGAUUUUGGUCGUAAUAGCUUGCAAGCAAUUGGUCAAUGGAUGUCAUUCUUAUCAAGAAACGGUGUCACUGAACUAGUCCUUACCUAUUCAAAUCAACAUUAUGAACUACCUUCUUAUGUGUUUUCUUGUCUGGAUUUGACAAAGUUGGAACUGCGAAACUGUAUCUAUAAGCCGCCACUUGAGUUUAACGGAUUUCUCAAUCUUAAAGAACUCAAUUUGGAGGAUGUUGAUUUUGGGACUAGCUGUGGAAAUAAGAUCAACCUACCAAAGCUUAAGAAGUUGUUCCUUUUUAGUUGCAAAAAUGUUUACAAAUUUAACAUUAAGGCUACAAAACUGCGGAAGUUGACUGUCAUUGCUUGUCCUGAUGCCUUGUUGCUCGGGUUAUUGGACAGUCCAUGUCUUAUUUCAGUUUUCAUUUCUUCACAGGAUUACACACAGGAUUUUGUAGGAGUUGAAAAAAUGAAUUUGGCCACAAUGUUGAGUAACUUGCCCAGACUUCGAUACAUUUAUACCGACAGUAAGUUAAAUCUAACUUUCAUCUCACAGUCUUUGGUUGUAGAAAAGAUUCCUAAAUUGCUUCCACAUGCGAUUAGUCGUUUAAAGCAUAUGUGGUUGAUCCGUUUUCAAGUUGAUGAUUUGGAUCAACUUGAUGUUGCUCUUUGCUUGCUUCGAAACUCACCGAAGCUGGAAAAACUCACUGUUACACACCUUAUGGAGCAUCAUAUUGAUGUGGGACCAGCUUCAAAUCGUUUGGAAUCCCCAAACUGCUUGGAUUGUACAUUAGAUCAGUUGCAAGUUGUUGAGAUGAGACAUUUAAGAGGAUCAAAACCGGAACUUCUUUUUAUAAAGCUUCUUCUUGCUCAUUCCCCUUCUCUCAACAAGUUUACCAUCACACCAAAUGGAGAUCUUGAUGCUAAAAAAAUACAUGACAUUGCGAAGGAUGUUAUGCAAUUCCCUCGAGCGUCAACAAAGGCAAAACUAUUCUACUUGGAUCCCUAG